GAGAGAACAGCUAUGGAAGCCAUCCGUGGAUGAUUGCUUUAUCCUGUUGGACUUGAAAAGUGGCAGUGAGGCACUAGCCAAUCGUAGAUUUUGUAGACAUAGAAACGCAACGUAAAUGUUCAGGAAAUUAGUUAGACACUUGAACUCUUUAAAUUACAAUUUCGGAUAUCAUAUUGGAUUCAACAUUUCCCACGUAGCUAGCUUGCUAGUCUCAGUAGUCUGUCUCGCACAGGUAGAAUAACGUUAACGGUCGGUGACAAAGGAGGGGUAAGGUGGCGAGGUAACGAUGAAUCGGUUUCGAAAGUGGCUCUACAAGCCUAAGAGGACGGACCCUCAGCUCUUGGCCCAGUUCUACUAUGCUGAUGAGGAGCUCAACCAAGUGGCCACAGAACUGGACAGCCUAGAUGGCAGGAAAGACCCUCAGAGGUGUACUCUGCUGGUCAACCAGUUCAGAUCCUGUCAGGACAAUGUGUUGAACAUUAUCAACCAGAUCAUGGAUGAAUGUAUCCCUGAUGACCGAGCCAACAGAGACUUCUGUGUCAAGUUCCCAGAGGAGAUUCGCCAUGACAACCUUGCAGGACAGCUGUGGUUUGGGGCUGAGUGUCUGGCUGCAGGCUCCAUCAUCAUGAACAGGGAGAUAGAGAGCAUGGCCAUGAGGCCUCUAGCCAAGGACCUGACCCAUAGCCUGGAGGAAGUCCGAAACAUCACGAGAGACCAGGCCCUCAGAGACCUCAACUUAUACACCGACCGCAUGAGGGACGCACUACGCCACUUCGACAGCCUCUUUGCUGAGUUUGAGCUCAGCUAUGUGUCAGCCAUGGUGCCUGUGAAGUCUCCCAAAGAAUACUAUGUUCAGCAGGAGGUGAUUGUGCUCUUCUGUGAGACUGUGGAUAGGGCGCUCAAGCUGGGCUAUCUCAGCCAAGACAUGAUCGAUGACUAUGAACCCGCUCUGAUGUUUACAAUCCCCAGACUAGCCAUUGUGUGUGGUCUAGUGGUGUACGGUGAAGGUCCACUCAACUUGGAUAGGAAACCAGAGGACAUGUCUGAGCUCCUCCGGCCUUUUCGCACUUUACUGAAGAAGAUCAGGGAUCUGCUGCAGACCCUGUCAGAGGAGGAGUUGUUGACGCUGGAGCGGAGCCUUUGUAUCUCUCAGGACGGGGAGUUCCCCUUGGUCCCCGAGUGCCCCCCCACACCCACCCCAACCCCCACUAUCGCCCCAGACCUCCCUUCAUCCAGCAGCCCCACCAGCGACACUGGUGAGGAGGGGAGCGAGGAGGAGAGAAUGCAGCAACAGGAGGUGCUGUCUCUGUGCACCUCCCACAUCCAGGAGGAGGAGGACAGGGAGUGGGAGGAGGUGAAGCGGGCAAAGGAGCAGGGUUCUCUGUGUGAGGAGGUGGAGGAGGCAGACCUGGCCUGCUCCAUGCAAUAUGAUGAGGAGGAGAUCGAACAGCUCAACAUGAUGGUGUACCGUGUGGGGGAUGAGAUGUCCACGCUGCUGUCCCCUCCCAGCCAGGGCCAGUCCCCGGCCCACCACCCCAACAGAGGGGGCUCCAGCGGGGGCUCCAGCACCGAGGCCUCCCCCCUCCGGUUCCUGGUGGGCCGGGGAAGGACAGGUCUCUACCAUGAGGAGGAGGACAGAGUCUUCUUCAUGGAGGACCUGGACGCAGGAGGGGACAUUGUAACCAGCAGCCGUUUGACCUCGCCUUCCAAAGCCCCUCAGCCCUCCUUGCCUCAGCCCCGCAGACCUGGCCCCCUGACAGACUCAACCAGGAAUGGCUGGUCCACUGAUGCUCAGUCAGAUCCGUCCCAGCAGCCCCAAAACCUGCCCCCACAGUGCCCAAACACCAAGCGACCAGCCCCCACCCCCGGCCUGGAGCCCUUGCCCUACACUAACGGCUGGGAGGUGGGCCUGGAGGGAGGCGAGACUGCUGAAGUCAUUGCACACCGUAUGGGAGGGAUGAAGCUCUCGGCCACGGUCAUCUUCAACCCCGGCUCCCCCAGCCUGACUGAGCUGGCUGUGGACAAGCUGCUCCUGCCCCGCCCCCCCUCCUCCUCAGCUACAGAGCCCUGCGGCCCCCUGGUGGCCACCCACUGCCUGCUCAACUCCUGUGUCUGCUGCGGCAGCUGUGAAGACGGCCAUGAUGACGCCCUCACCAUGGACAACACAGGGCUGGGGAUGGACCUGGGGUUGGACAAACACUGCAAGCCCCAUCCGCCACACAGCUCUGUCAUCCAGUCCUCUGCCUGUCGCCUGGCCUCCUCAGGACACAACUUACAUAGGAAGGGGGACUCUCCCCCCCAGCUGACGCCCCCCUCCUCCCGCUGCUCCUUAGAGCCUCCUCCAGGGGAGGAGGAAGGGGACCAGCGCUGUGACAAGUGCCUGGUGGUGGUGGCCCCGGGAUCUCAGCAGGGCCUGGGCCAGGACAGCAGCCCCAAUGGAGUAAGGGGAGCCCCAGAGCCCUGUGUCCACCAGUGGAGGACAGUGAGGAGGCCUCAGGCCAGCGGGGGAAGGGACAGGACGGGAACCAGAGAGACAGACGGGGAGUCCAAGGAAGAGAGCAGGAAGAACACUAGUUUUUUUCAGGACUCUCCUCUCAGCUCAGUCUCCAGUAGUGACUGUGAGAGUGUGUCUGUCACCACAUGUAGUCUGUCCAGCAGUGCUUACACAGCCAGCCCUGUCAGCAGUCUAACCACGAGCUCAGGGACGUCAGAGGAUCUGGACCACCAUGAGAUCCAGCUGGCCCUGCAGGCUGCUAAGAUGGCCGCCAGGAACAAGAUUCGCUCGCGCUUCCACAGCAGCAGUGACCUCAUCCACCGCCUCUUCGUCUGCAUAUCGGGUGUUGCUGACCAACUGCAGACAAACUACGCGGCUGACCUUCGAAGCAUUCUGAAGACACUGUUUGAAGUCAUGGCUACCUCUGAACAGGGGGACAAUGACAAGCAGAAAGCAGGUCCAGGGCUGCGCAGCGCCAUGCUGGAGGACUGUGCUCUCUGUCAGGAGACCAUCUCUUCCUCUGAGCUGGCAGCCAAGGCCCGGGAGGAACAGUUCGAAGAUCCCCCAGACUGGGUUCCUGAUGAGGAAUGUGACUCCUGCAUCACCUGUAAGGCCCCCUUCACCGUCAUCCGCAGAAAGCACCACUGUAGGAGCUGUGGCAAGAUCUUCUGCUCUCGCUGCUCCUCCCACUCAGCCCCGUUACCGCGGUACGGCCAGGUGAAGUCCGUUAGGGUGUGUACACACUGCUACAUGUUCCACGUCACACCAUUCUACAGCGACAAGACUGGCAUCUGACCCCUGCUGUACCAACAGACUCCCCCGCCUCCCUGCCCCCUGCCUCUACAGAAGCAUAUCCAGGGGAUAUGAGGCUAUAUUCAAAGUAAAUCCCCAACUGCACAGAGCGACCUUAACGAUCAACUUCAUCACACUGUACGGCAAGGCAAGGCUUUGAAAUAGGAGGACAUGGAUGAGAGCGCAGAGAGAUGAAAUAAGGUCUUAUGUGAAGGCACAUAAACUAUGAUUAUACCCUUUCUGUUAUUUUUGAGAUGCUACUGCUGCCUGAAAGGGACCUACGGCACCUGAUGCUUUGCUGUCCUCCUUCUCUGACUCACUGAUGCCUGUCUGUGGAGGCAGAGGAAGAAGAAAGAAAACAACCGACUGGAAAUAGGGUUUUGUACUGGCAUGUUGCAAGGCUACUCUGGACAGGUCCAGUGCUUUAGGAACAGCUUCUGGGGCUGUUUGAAGCUGAAAAGAGAGAGAAAGCCUUUGGAACAUUUUUGUUCUAUUGCUUGUGUAUACAAAAGGCCUUCUGACAUCCUGUCCUAUGCUUUAGUGGGCUUCCCACACUUGUGCCAGAGCUCUCUCAGGGCUCCGAUGUUCAUUUAAAGAAUGUAAGUCAUAAUAAACAUGUAAAUUAAGGAUAAUUAUGUUGAUAGUGAUGAUAAUCUCCGCACCACUGAUCUUGUUUGUUUGGCCAAAAUGGCUCUAAAGGUUUUAAUUUUAGUUUGUCAUGUAAUUCCUGAUGCUGUAAUGCUGAGGAGGGGAAAGCAAUCCACGGAAAUGUGUGGAGUUUUCAGCAAUGCUUUAAACGGCAAUGAAUGUGUUAUAUCGUUUAAAGACAUGGAAUUUUGAUUUUAGCUACAGUGUCUCAAAGAACACUUAAGUUGUCUGGCCUUUUAAUAACAAUGUGGGCAGUGGCCAUUGCUCUUUCAGUCAUAACAUAUCAUGUUUUUAAUGAUUUAUCUUGUUCCCUACUCACCCCAACCUUAACCUGUGUAACUCCUCGACCUCUGAGAUUGAUGUGGUCACAUAAGUCACUCUCUCAGGCAUUGGAUGCCCUCUAGUGGAGAGAGACUGUAACCUCCUACCACACAUCAUCAGCAACAAGAUUAUCUGUGAUUGUUAGAAUCAUGGAGUGCAUAUCACAUACUAGUUAGAGGUUCAUGAGGCUUGUCUCCCAUCAGUUGGUUAAGGCAGCAAUGUUGUUUUUUUCCCUUCUGUGUAUAUUGUUGCAAAGCACAUUUAUCUUAAGUAGUAUUUUAACUCCCAGUGGUGGCAUUGAUCAAAUCAAAUCAAAGUUUAUUUGUCACGUGCGCCGAAUACAACAGGUGUAGACCUUACAGUGAAAUGCUUACUUACAAGCUCUAACCAAUAGUGCAAAAAAGGUGUUAGGUGAACAAUGGUCAAGUAGCACUGAUAGCACACUUAUCUAGACAGGUGUCACUAGAACAGAGAGACAACUCUCCUACUACACCAAGAAGGUCAUUGGUGUACAUUCUCAUUAUCUUGGUUACAUACCAGCUGCUGUUGCAGAAACAUAUGUGAUCUGUAGUGAAAUCAGUUAGAAUAUGUUACAAAUAUAGUCUCAUACCAUUAAGUUGUUAAAAAUGUUUUGUUACAUCCUAACCUGGUUAUAUACAUCGUCUCCAUACCUCUGUGCACAAUGUAGUACUGUUCCCAGUUGAUAACCACUUCCUCUACUGUUACAUCAUCAUAUUCCUGCUCCCUCCUCUAGUCAUCUCUGAUGCAGAGGGAACGCUUCGCCAUCUGGGUUACAAUGGAGAAUGAGUUGGAGUUGAUGUGGAUAGAGGAAUGGCCAAUCUGACAUAACUGUCUCAAACAACCAUGGCUUUUUACACUUCAAGGCCGCACCAGUUAUAUCAAAUCUGCGCUGUCUUAUAAGCUAAUUCUCAGGCUUCAUCUUGUCUAGACCACUCACUACUUCUACAAGUUUUAUUUUUACUGAGGAAAUUAUAGAAACUUUUAAGAGAUUGUCAUUUUAAUUUUUAUAAAGAACAGAAGGAAAUUAUGUAAAUGUAUAAAUCUAUUACUCAUUUUUCUGUAUAAAGGAAUGAUGCAGUAAUUCAAUGACUGGACAUCCUAUUACGUCAGAGCUUGUUCUUAUUUUGUAAAGGCUAGCUACAUUUCAAUAGUAAGAGCUAUGUGGAACAUUGGGAAAAUGAAAUAAUAUGAUUUAAAUGUCAUGAAAAUUAAAUGACUUCCU